AUGACAACACAAGCAUAAGAAGACUACCCUUUACUAGUUUGGGCCAUUUUGAAACUAACAACAGAUAUUUGCUCCAUGCAGGUAAGAAGCGUUGAUGCAAAGGAAGCUUUUCGCCUUCAAAAAGAGAAUAACUUUGUGAUUCUUGAUGUAAGACCUGAAGCUGAAUUCAAAGAGGGUCAUCCAACAGGUGCUGUUAAUAUUCAGAUAUAUAGGCUUAUAAAGGAGUGGACGGCAUGGGACAUUUCUAGGCGUGCAGCAUUUGCAUUUUUUGGCAUCUUUUCUGGCACAGAAGAGAACCCAGAGUUCAUUCAAAGUGUGGAAUCAAUAUUUGACAAGGAUGCCAAGAUAAUAGUGGCAUGUACAACUGGGGGUACAUUGAAGCCAACCCAAAAUCUCCCCGAAGGUCAACAAUCAAGGUCACUCAUAGCAGCCUACUUGCUUGUGCUGAAUGGGUACAAAAAUGUUUUCCACUUAGAAGGGGGUCUUUACACACGGUUCAAAGAAGGACUGCCAUCAGAAUCCGAAGAGUGAUAUACUAAAUGAUUAGAUGAUGCUUCCAUAGAGGAUCAAGUUUUGCCCUC